UCAGAAUUUCCUGUAAAAAAUAAGGGUCAUACUCCAAAUCCUAAAUCACACAACACAUUCAGUACUCAGUCCAAUUUUGUCCCUUUCCCCUAAUCCAUACGACAACGAAAUACGCUGAAGAAAAUGCAGAAUCCCUCUCUUCCUCGACUUCUACUUUUAUCCUUCACUCUAACAAGUGUGUUCAACCAAGUACUGGGUGAUGAAGGAUUCUGUUCCGCUCCUUCCAUAUUGGACCAAACUGAUAGUUCCUCUAAACCUUUGUACUGGAAAGUCACUAGCCCAACCCUGUCUCCUUCGCAUCUCCAAGACUUACCUGGUUUCACUCGUAGUGUUUACAGAAGGGACCAUGCGUUAAUAACGCCAGAAAGUCAUGUUUUCAGUCCUUUGCCUGAUUGGACAAAUACACUGGGAGCAUAUUUAAUAACACCGGCAAUUGGUUCACAUUUCGUGAUGUAUCUGGCAAAAAUGCAAGAAAACUCGAGGUCAGGGCUUCCCCCUAAUGAUGUGGAGAGGCUCAUAUUUGUGACUCAGGGUGCUGUCACUCUCACCAAUUCAUCUGGCAUUAGCAACAAAUUGGUGGUGGAUUCAUAUGCUUAUCUUCCUCCUAAUUUUGAUCAUUCUCUGAAGUGUGAUGGCUCUGCUACUCUUGUAGUAUUUGAACGGAGAUAUGCCUUUCUGGAUAAUCACAUCACUGAGCAUAUUGUUGGUUCAACAGAUAAGCAGCCACUUCUAGAAACUCCUGGUGAGGUGUUUGAACUUAGGAAGCUUCUUCCAGCAUCAAUGCCUUAUGACUUCAAUAUCCAUGUUAUGGAUUUUCAACCGGGAGAAUUCCUUAAUGUGAAGGAGGUCCAUUAUAAUCAACAUGGUUUGUUGCUUUUAGAGGGACAGGGUAUUUAUCGCUUGGGUGAUAGCUGGUAUCCGGUUCAAGCUGGUGACGUUAUAUGGAUGGCACCUUUUGUGCCGCAAUGGUACGCUGCACUUGGAAAAACCCGGUCACGUUAUUUGCUGUAUAAAGAUGUAAAUAGGAAUCCACUGUAGUCAUAUAUGCACUGGUAGAAUUUUGAUUAGAUGUUUUAAAUAACAAUCAGCAUGCUUACAGAAUAAGAGUACGGAUUUGUGGCCUGUAAAAACAAAAUUAAUUGUAGCAUCCACUUUUAUUGUUAUAUAUCAUCAUUAGAUUACCCAACUUCUAGAACA